AUGAAAAGGGUCUGUUUCUGGCCGAGCCCAGCCCGGCAACGUUACUUCCGCCUCGGACUUGAAAGAUAACGCGAGCGGGAAAGGAGGAAGGACGCGCUGCUCGCGUUGCUGUUGGCUGCCGAGCCCCGUGGCGAUUAGAUGGCGGGGCGGGAAACCAAAGAGCAGCGUAGUUCACGUUCUCCAGUUCGUGAAGCCGGAAAGAGGGGGAAAGGCUCUAUUUGCGCAUGUGCCUGCGAGGUCCCCGGAAGCGGAAGUGGUAAAGGGCGCCGGGCGGAAGGAAGAAGAUGGCAGCUCUUGUGGCUGCGGUGCCGCGGAGGUUGGGGUUUCUCUGCUGGAGCCUGGCGCCCAGCGCAGGAGCCUUGUGGCAGAGGCGGCGCUGCUCGCGACGGGAGCCCGUGACUCGCACAGAGGAUCUGCUGAUACAAAUGGAAAAUCCAUAUAAGGAGCCUCCUAAGAAAUGUGUCUUGUGUGGCAUACAUGUAAACUACAAAAAUGUACAGCUUCUGUCCCAGUUUGUUUCUCCAUAUACUGGUUGCAUACAUGGAAGACACAUAACUGGGUUAUGUGACAAGAAACAGAAAGAGAUUUCAAAAGGUAUUAAAAGAGCACAAGCACUUGGGUUUAUGCCGGUUGUAUACAAGGACCCAUCAUUUCGCAAUGACCCAAAGCUUUGCAAUAUCAAGUAUCCAGAAUAAGUUAGCUAAAGUGUCCAUAAAUCAACAAUAAAAUUAUUUUAUAAUUCA